UGUUUAUUUACGUCCCUGCUCUUACACGCGCCCCGUGACUUCCUCAGGGGUGGUUUCUUAGAAAUCACCGGCUUGCAUUUUCGACCCGGGAAGUAGCCAGCAGGAGGCAGAAAAGCGUCACAGACGGAGGUAAAGUUGUAAAUAGGAACUGCUAAGAAAUAGCAGAGCGCGCGAGCACGCAGGUAUCCCCCAGGGAGACACCCAUGCAGCCUGAGAUGUCCCGGUUCUUGCCCGGAUUCUAGUGGCCGCGAGUUCCCCGGGCUUCUUAGAGAGGAUUGUGCAACGCGAAGCUGCUGAUGGGUCUGCGCAGGUGGCCCGUCUGGCGGCUGCCGCUGCUGCUGCUGGGAUCUGCUUCCUUCCUGCUGGGGGGCUGCGCAGGCUCCUCCUCGCACUCCUUGCGCUAUUUCUACACGAGGGUGUCUGAGCCUGGCCAGGGGCUUCCCCAGUUCACCGCUCAGGGGUCCGUUGAUGACCACAUCUUCAUUCAGUACGACAGUGACAGGAAAAGAGCCCUUCCUCAGGUGCCCUGGGUCCAGAAGGUGGGGCAGGACUACCCCCAUUACUGGGACAAUAUGACCCAGAUCUUUCGGGACGCUGAGGAAGUCUUCCGAGUCGUUCUGGAGAGUGUGCAGCGUGACCACAAGCAGAGCACAGGCCUGCAUACCUGGCAGGUCAGGUACGGCUGCGAGCUGAGCCAAGAGGGGCGCCAAGGAGCGUAUGAGCAGGAAGCCUACGAUGGGACGGUCUACCCCGACCUUGACCUGGAGUCUCUCUCCUGGAUGGCAGUCGAGAGAGGAGCCCAAGUGAGCCAGACUGGAAACCAGACUGUCUCUGUGAUGGCUUACGUGGGAAAGGAGGACUGCAUUGCGUGGCUGCGGAGAUACCUGGACUACGGGAAGGAGGCUCUGCUGAGGACAGAGCCUCCCGUCGUGAAGGUGACAAGUAAGGAGGACUCCAAAGGCCCGGCCACCCUCGUCUGCCGAGUUUACGGCUUCUACCCGAAGGAGAUCAAUGCCUAUUGGAGGAAAAACGGAGAGGCCUGGGUGCAGGAUACCUUCCGCAGAGUUGCCGCCCCCAAUUCGGACGGGACCUACCAUGCCGUGCUCAGUAUUAAAACCAGCCCCAAGGAGAGGAAACAUUUCCAGUGCCACGUGGAGCACGAAGCCCUCCCCAAACACCUGGAUGUGGCCUGGCAGGAGCCUGCGUUUGACAGCUGGCUUCUAAUUCUAUGCAUUGUGGGGGCUGUAGUCCUUGUUGUCGGCAUCUCCGUGGGCAUCAAGAUGUGGCAAAGACACUAAGCUGUGCCAAGUAUGUGGCCUGGAAGAGCAGCAGAAACAGAGGAACCUCUCUGACAU